CAAUGAGCUACGGGCGCUGCGGAGGGUCAAAUGUCGCGCGGCGCGCUGAUGUGUGCGGAAGUGCCGCUGAUUCAGAUGCUAACAUCUGGAGCCGCUUCGUGCCAGGAUCCCGCGAGCGGAUCACAGAGAGAGAUUAACAGAGAUGGACGACAAUAUGAUGCUGCAUUUGGCGAACUUCAGCACUCUGUUCGUGUGUAUGGUGCUGAAGUUGCCGCAGAUCUUCGUGCUGAUGCGGGCCAGAGCCACCGCUGGAGUCAGUCUGAACAGUCUGCUGCUCGAGCUGCUCGGGUUUAUAGUGUUCAUGUCCUAUCAGAUGUAUUAUGAGUAUCCACCGCUCACAUACCUGGAGUAUCCCAUCCUCAUUGCACAAGAUGUCAUUGUGCUCCUGUUAAUCCUGCAUUACAACAGCAACAUGAAACACAGCCUUAUAUACGCAGCACUGUUUGUGGGUGGAUGGCAGCUGCUUACAGUACAGAAGUGGGUGAUUGAUCUGGCCAUGAGUUUGUGCACUUUCAUUAGUGCUGGCAGUAAACUGGCACAGCUUCAGUGUCUGUGGCGCUCAAAGGACUCUGGGCAGGUCAGCGCUCUCACCUGGGCUCUGGCCACAUAUACAUGCCUGGCACGGAUCUUCACCACCGUCAUCACCACAGGAGACACACAAGUUCUCAUACGGUUUGUUGUCAUGAGCAUUCUGAACAUGUGGGUCACAGUCACAGUCAUCUACUACAAACCUCAUGCAGUGAAACAGGAUUAAGAGGAUGCAACGUUCUGCAUACAGUUUAUCUCAAUGUAUUCUCUGUCUGCUUGUUGGGAUAUAUAUAUUUUUUUGAAGAACUAAACUAGAUUCAGGUCAGGUGCUAUUUGGAUGUAACCCUUUCUAUAUUGCAAUUUAAAAGAUUUAAGAUUUACUGACUUCGGGUAAGUGUGUACAACCAAAAAUCAUAUCAUAAUGCUUUGGGUUUCCCAGUUGAUUUAGUGCUUGCAAGCCACUUUUCUGUUGAAAAUCUUAAUCUUAGGUGUGCUUAUUACAUAUAUAAGUUUAAUUCAAAAUGCAACAGUGAUGACAAUAUUAUUUGCCUACUGAAUUGCAAUUGGUCUUGUCUUUCUUGCUUCUAUCAGACCAUUUUUAGUCGGCUUUACACUUUAAUACUUAUGGUCAGCUUAAAGUUUUCCAUACUUUUAUUUUGCUGCCUUGCAAGCACUAGUAUUUUCUUCAGAACAUGCAAAUCUAUUAUGUACUGGGAUGUGGGAAAGUGUUUUUCCCAGAAUAAUUGCUUUAAAUCUCAUAUUCCCAUGAAGGAAAACAGAUAUGAAUGUUGUAGACUCACAAAUGAUGAAUUGUAUUUUAUAUAUAUCAGAAAUAGUGUUAUGAAACGGUAAAAACAUUCCUAUCCUUCACUGAUUCUAACACUUUCUUAUAAUUCCUGGUAGUUUUCUUGCCUGUAACUCCCUGCAUUUUGUACAUGUUCAGAUAUACUGUAUAUGUUUUUUAAGUUGUUAUACUGUAAGAAGUUUAGUAAUGGUCUUUUUCUUCUUAUAAAGGGAAAUAUUUUUGAGCAAUUUUCAAGCUAAAUAACUGUUAAAACUGAUUGAUUUAUCAGGCUGCUGAACAGAUUGUUUACUGUAGUUCAUAAAGGGGUGAUGUUUACAUAUGCUGAAAUAUGCACUAUUUUUAUAUUGAGCUAUAUUAUACGGCAAUAAUGAACAUAUGGUAAUUAUUCAUGCAAAACCAAUAAACCAUAGGACUCUUUUGAACUCUCCAAUGUUCUAGUACAAGAUUAUUACUUAGAAAAUAAAUGAUUUCAUUAACUAUUAGGUCUAAAGCACAACUAAUGUUUCUUUUGUUAGUACUUUAAUAGAUAUGUUCUUUUGUAUUUUAUAAAUCAAUAAACAUUCCUUUUGUGUGAAAAUGUGUGGAUUUGUUUAGUUGCAGAAUUCAAUAGUAUUAAAAAAAAAAAAAAAAAAAGCGAUCAUGUUUUACAAAUUUAAUUUUCAGAAUUAUUCUACGGUAAUAAAAUGAACACCCCAGAUAAUCAAGUGUCAUUUUUUGAGUGCAAUAACGAUCAUUACAGAUUAUUAUGUGUAUUGAGAGUGUACUGUAUGUUAUUCCUGUGAUUAAAGUGGAAAGAAAAGUAUGACCACAUUGUUUAUAUUAAAACUUUACUUCCUUUUACUACAUUCACAGCUAUAUACCCAUUUAACUCACUACUUUUGUUUACAAAAAUAAGCAAAUGUUAUACAGGGUUUCCAAACAACACGGCUACAUAUGCUUUUCAUUUUAUGGUCAAACAGUACAUCAAUAUAAAACAUGCAAAUCUGGAGGCAGAGUUUUAAAAUAAAAAAAAGUGCCCAGACCUGUAUAAAUAGCAAACCAACUGGUAAGAUGGCAGGUCAAAUAUACGCUGUAUAUUCAUAUAUUUAUAUAUAUAACGUGUAAAAGAACACGGAUAUGCAUUCACAGCACACCCAGAGAUACACACUGUUUGCUAGGGUGAAGAUACACAAAAAAAAACGACCACUUCAAAUCACAAAAUUAAAAAAAAAAAAAAAAGAAAUCUACAAAAUACUUAGUGAAUUUAAAUGUGGUUUUCAGACAUUCAGACACUGUCUUAUGAACAUUUCAGUUAUGUGCUUGCAAAAUGAAUCAGUUUUUGGCGCAAGUCGUAGCAUAAGACCCAAAAUUUCAACUUUUAACAGCUGAUGAUCAAAUUCAUAAGAUGACCGGCCAAAAACUGACUGCUGGAAACAUUUUAGAAACUCCUGCCCACAUGCAAAGCUCACAUCUAGAUGCUGAUCUCUGUUAAUCAUACCAUUAUGUCCCAUUAAUUAAGGUUCCUCCUCAGAUUACAUUCGACUCGCACUAGGGAGUGAGCAGCACAGGUGUCCAGGAGAGCAUUAUGGGAUGCAUUCAUGAUCAGAGAAGGUUUAAUCAAGCUUUGAUCACAUAGUGGAGUAAACAAAGGUAAAAACACUGCAAGAAGAAACACUACAGUUUGAUUGCAUUUAUGAAGGAAUGAGAAACAUAUGUAGUGGUGUUUUCUAGCCGUUUAUGUGGUGUGUUGCACUACUGUCUAUAUUCAGCCAUUAAAGACAACCAAAAAAAAAAAAAAAAAAA